GAUGGGCGGGGCGAAAGGCCCUGGUAUAUAAGAGAGCCUCAGCCGCGCGGGAUCUCUAAUCUGCCAUUUUCUGUCCUAAGUCUUUCAUAUUCCUCAAUCCCAGUUUUCCUCACAAGCUUUACUCCGUUUCGCUAGUCUGCCACCUCAGGAGAACGAUGGCCGCAGAGUGUACAGCCACUGCCGCCAUUCCUUCGGAGCUGGUUCCCGCCGACAAAAUUGAGGAAGAUGCUCCAGCUCCUUCUACCUCUACAGAUAAGGUGGAGAGUUUGGAUGUGGAUAGUGAAGCUAAGAAACUUCUGGGUUUAGGACAGAAACAUCUAGUGAUGGGGGAUAUUCCAGCAGCUGUCAAUGCAUUCCAGGAAGCAGCCAGUCUUUUAGGUAAAAAGUAUGGUGAAACAGCUAAUGAAUGUGGAGAAGCCUUCUUUUUCUAUGGGAAAUCACUUCUGGAGUUGGCAAGACUGGAGAAUGGUGUGUUGGGAAAUGCCCUAGAAGGUGUCCAUGUGAAUGAGGAGGAAGAAAAAGCAGAAGAUGAAUCUUUGGCAGAGAAUAAUGAUAAUGUAGAUGAAACUGAAGGCUCAGAAGAGGAGGAUAAAGAAGAAAAUGACAAGGCUGAAGAUAUGCCAAAUGAUUCAGUACUUGAAAAUAAGUCUCUUCAAGAAAAUGAAGAAGAGGAGAUUGGAAACCUAGAGCUUGCCUGGGACAUGCUGGAUUUAGCAAAGAUAAUUUUUAAAAGGCAAGAAACAAAAGAAGCUCAGCUUUAUGCUGCACAGGCACAUCUUAAACUUGGAGAAGUUAGUGUUGAAUCUGAGAAUUACACGCAGGCUGUGGAGGAGUUUCAGGCUUGCCUGAACCUGCAAGAACAGUAUCUAGAAGCUCACGACCGUCUCCUAGCAGAGACUCAUUAUCAACUAGGCUUGGCCUAUGGAUACAAUUCUCAGUAUGAUGAAGCAGUAGCACAGUUCAGCAAAUCCAUUGAAGUCAUUGAGAAGAGAAUGGCUGUACUAAAUGAGCAGAAGAAGGAUGCCAGAGGAUCACCUACUGAAUAUGAGAAAGAAAUUGAAGAGUUAAAAGAAUUGCUACCUGAAAUUAAAGAGAAGAUAGAAGAUGCAAAGGAGUCCCAACGUAGUGGGAAUGUAGCUGAAUUGGCUUUGAAAGCUACUCUGGUGGAGAGUUCCACUUCAGGUUUCACUUCUAGUGGAGGAGGCUCUUCAGUCUCCAUGAUUGCCAGUCGAAAGUCAACAGAAGGUGGUGCUACUUCUUCAAAUUGUGUGACUGAUAUUUCCCACUUGGUCAGGAAGAAGAGGAAACAAGAGGAAGAGAGCCCCCGGAAAGAUGAUGCAAAGAAAGCCAAACAAGAACCAGAGAUGAAUGGAGGCAGUGGAGAAGCAGUCCCUGGUGGAAAUGAAGUUUCAGAAAACAUGGAGGAGGCUGAGAAUCAGGCUGAAAGUCGAGCAGCUGUGGAGGAGACAGUGGAGGCUGGAGCUACAGUUGAAAGCACUGCAUGA